AUGGUGUAUGUUUCUGGGGUAUACUUUGUCUCUAUGCACCCACCACUUUGCUUCUUUAGGGAAGAAGAAAGGUCAAAGAAAUUGAAGAAUCUUAUUAAGCGAUCUAAGCAAAGAACGAUGCAGAGAAAGAUUUUGAAUCCUUCGAGUCACGAGGAGAACAGAACAGGAGUAGGGGAGGCAAACAAAACCUCCCUCUUCAACCUGUUUACACCGACACACUAA